AUGGAGAAGCGCUGCUGCAAAAUGAGGGCGCUGUGUUUGAACUUUGUCACCUGUCUGUGGCUUCUCCCUUCAGCGGUACAAGAAACAGCCAAGCCCUUGGACUUUCAGGACCAGCAAUGGAGAGAGGACGAAGGAGGAAGAGGAGACGCUGUAGGAGCUGCUUUGAAGGUUAAACAUAUCUCCAAAGACUUACAGAUCAUCUCCACCAAACACAAAACUCCUGCUUACGGCCCCCUCGGCCCUUACGGAUGGCCUCAGAACUUCUCACAAGCCCUGGAUCAGUAUCUGUAUCGCCCUCCUCCCAAAUCCAAACCUCCCGCAAAAACGUCCCCAAAGGCCAAGAAGAUCCUGGGCUGGGGCGACUUUUACUUCAACGUGAAGACAGUGAAGUUCAGCCUCCUGGUGACAGGGAAAAUCGUGGACCACAUCAACGGCACGUUCAGCGUCUACUUCCGCCACAACUCCUCCCGCCUUGGGAACAUUUCCGUCAGCAUCGUCCCGCCCUCCAAAGCUGUAGGGUGGGAGGUUCUGGAUCAGGGCGUUCAUGACAAAAACUCAGUCCUGGUUCCGGAUCUGACAUCCCAGUUCCAGAGCCCACCUCAGUCCACCAGCUCCACCCCUCCGGACCAGCAGAGGCAGCAGCAGGAUGUUAUGAUGGUGACAGAACUCAACUGCCGGAUCGAAUACCAGAGAACCAACCGGUCCAAGAAGACCAAGCCCUGCAUGUACGACCCGGGACAGACCUGCUACUCAGAAAACACCCAGUCCCAGGCAGCCUGGAUCUGCGCCAAACCCUUUAAGGUUAUAUGCAUCUUCAUCGCCUUUACCGGCACUGAUUACAGGCUGGUGCAGAAAGUCUGUCCGGACCACAACUUUCAGACAGAGCAGAACCAGCAGCACUUCGGAUGA